UCGAGCGGGAUGGCCAGGAGCAUGCAGGCGGCGGAGGCGGCGGGCAGGAUAAGCGCGCUGCUCUCGCUGCUCGCGCUGCGCCGGAUCCUCGCCGUCCUGCAGCCCCUCGCGCUGCUCCUGCUCCUGCCCCUCCGAUGGCGCGCCGCGCAGCGCCACGGGCAUGGGGACGCCUCGUCGGCAGGUACGGCAGACGGACCGUCCUCCUCCGCGGCCAGCAGCGGGAAGAAGGGCAAGGCGUCGGCGGUCGUGCUAAGGGUGCCGGCCGGGUCGCCCAUGGCCACCGCGCGGCGGCAGGCGCUGGCGAGGCGCGAGGCCGCCGUGCGGCGCGCGAGGGAGGCCGGGAGGGAGUACGAGCUCAUCCCCACCGCGCGCGGCGAGACGCUCUUCACGCAGUGCUGGUGGCCGCACGGCUCCUCCUCCGCCGCCGUCAAGCCCAGGGCGAUUGUUGUGGUCAUGCACGGGUUGAACGAGCACAGUGGGAGGUACGAUUACUUGGCGAAGCGGUUGAACGACAUGGAUGUCAAGGUUUACGGCAUGGACUGGACCGGCCACGGUGGAAGUGAUGGUCUACAUGGAUACGUGCAGUCUCUUGACCAUGCCGUCCAAGACAUGAAAAUGUAUCUGAAGAAAGUCUCGGCGGAGAACCCUGGUGUCCCAUGCUUCUGCUUCGGGCACUCAACUGGCGGAGGCAUCAUUCUCAAGGCUGUGCUUGAUCCGGAGGUUAAUGCUCUUGUUAACGGCAUCGUCCUGACAUCACCGGCUGUUCGUAUCCAGCCCGCCCACCCCAUCGUAGAGGCACUGGCCCCAAUUUUUGCACUGAUCGCGCCGAGGUACCAGUUCGCGGGCUCGAGCAAGAACGGGCCGGCGGUGUCGCGCGACCAAGAAGCCUUGAAAGUGAAGUACUCGGACCCGCUGGUGUUCACCGGCUCCAUCCGUGUCAGGACGGGGUACGAGAUCCUCCGGCUGACGUCGUACCUGCAGCAGCACCUCCACCGGAUCACCGUGCCGCUGCUGGUGCUGCACGGCGCCGACGACAUGGUGACCGACCCCGCCGGCUCGAAGAGCCUGCACCGGGAGGCCUCGACGCCGGACAAGUCCAUCCGGCUCUACGACGGGCUGCUCCACGACCUCCUCAUCGAGCCCGAGAAGGAGGUGGUCCUCGGCGACAUCGUCGACUGGCUGCGCCCCAGGAUCUGACCACGCCGCCUCAACUAGGCUGUGCGUGGGAGCGGCGAUGCGUCUCCCUUACCGGUGACGACGCGAUUUUUGAUCGUCCGCGCCUCCUU